AUGUCUGUAAACAUCCUCAUAGUCGGCGCUGGCGCCAUCGGAGCCUUUUAUGCAUCGCGCCUCGCACUCGUACCUGGUACCUCGGUUUCGGUGAUUUGCCGCUCCAACUACAAGGCAGUCAAAGCGGGUGGCUUCAAAGUCACGUCUCCUCAGUAUGGCGACUACACGUUCACCCCAGCACACACUUUUCCCAACCCCGAAGAAGCGCGAAAGAGCGCAAUCCAAUGGGACUAUGUCGUUGUGAGCACCAAGGCGCUACCGGACGUAAGCGACGACUCGGCGAUAUUGGAAGGCCUCGUUAGCGACAAGACUGCCAUUGUGUUGAUACAAAACGGUUUGGGCGUCGAGGACCCAUAUGCAAAGCGCUUCCCACAAGCCGCCAUUUGCUCGGCUGUCACAAUAGCAACCUGUGCACAGCCAGAACCUGGUCUCAUCAAGCACAAUAGAUGGACGCGCAUUAACAGUGGACCCUACCUACCCCAUCUCGACACGGGAGCAGCCAAAGACACUGAUUCACGUAUCAUUGAACAAAACAACGCUUUCAUCGCGCUAUUGAAGGAGGGGGGCAUUAAAGACGCCGAAGCUUAUUCACAUGCGAAGCUCCAGUUGGUCCGCUGGCACAAAAUCGCCAUCAAUGCGUCCAUGAACCCAACUUCUGUGCUCAUCCUUUGCUCUCCAAACAAUCUCAUGUCGCAAGACCCCGAAGUCCAGCGCCAUCUCAAAGGCGUCAUGACCGAAAUCCUCGAGACCGCACCCAAGAUUCUCGGCCAGCCCAUGCCCAAAGAAUUUGCCACCCCCGACCAAAUCAUCAAGUCUACGUUGAAGAAUACGAGUGGCAGCAAGCCAAGUAUGGCAAUCGACUGGGAAGCGGGAAAGAGGAUGGAGAUUGAGGUGAUCCUAGGGAACCCAUUGAGGAUUGCUAGGGAGAGAGGCUAUGAGAUGCCAAGGUUGCAGAGCUUGUAUGCAAUGGUCAGAAUGGCUCAAGAAAUCAGGGAUCAGAAGAAGGUUAAGCUAUGA